UAGGGGGAACAUGGGGGUUGCAUUUGUUCCUGAUUUGGCUGGUGGCAGCGAUUUGUUCAGUAUGAAAAUACUUUUGUUUUCUAGACCUUGCCCAGGUGAUUAAGAAGCCUCUGGACAACACUUCCUGAAGAGAGUGAAUGUGACAGGGGGGAAUUCGGUAUUCAGAGAUGUUGGGAAGACUGCGGGCCCUCCUUUCAAGUAGGAACACCAAUGCUGCUCCAGCGGAAGAGGAAAGCGUAAGUGCUCCCGAUAGAGAUCCUGAUGUUUCCUUGGAGACCCUUCCCAAGGGCAGGCCAUGCACGGCCUACCACAGGAUGCAAGCUGUGGGCCCUGAAUCCAAGGAUCAGAAGAAAGGGCCUUCCAAAUCCUGGAGGUUUCGGCGUUGCAGAGCACACAGGGAUGUUUCGGUAGGGGAUGGGGGAAACAGAAGACUGCUGUGGGACUGCUGUGGGAACUGCAAGACCAGCCCCCAAAGCUUUAAACCACUACAGGAGAAGCAAGACCCAGUAAUGGAGAAGAAGCAACCCAACGUUGAUCGGCUCGAUGUCCGUCCCCUGACAACCUACAACUCACUAGUACUUAUGAGCACCACCCCAGAGAGCACAAGUACACUUGGGGGUACUAUAGUUUCGUCAUUCAGUACCUUGGAAUCUACGAUCCAGUCGAUGCCCUCGAUCUAUUCAGAGAUGGGGAACUUAUCAGAUCUUGACAUCAUCGUUAAUAUGAUGGAAACACCUAAUUGUGAAGAACAGAGUAUCCUGGACAACAAUGAGGAGAAAAUUAGCUUCCUCCGUGCCAUUUCUGCUAGUUGCAUGGCUGCGCAGAAAAGUGGCAAGGACACCUUGGAUCUCCCGUACACGAAGAAUGAAUUGGUGGAAGCACUUCUGAUGGUGAUGGAGACGCUGCCUGUUCACUCUGUGCCAUCAUUCCUCCUAUCCUGCUCAAUGCUCACGGUCUACAACCUCAGCAAAAUGAAGCCCCCAUUUGAUCCUGAGCAACUGUCUGGUAUCUUGCGACUGGCUCUCCAUGGCAUUUUUAACAUGGAUACAGAUUUGGAAAAUCCUCACAGCCAGGCUCUCUACCAAUCGUCUGCAGACACAAUGGAGAUCAUGCUGAAGAGUUUGCUGUCUGAGGUUCCAACUACAAGCCACCUGCUGUUUAUUUUGAAGCACAUCAACUUCUGGAUUCAUUCCAACGAUCCCCAAGAGAGAUAUAGGUCUGUCCUCUGCAGCACCACUGUGUUGCGACAUGCUCUUCUGCUGCCAGAUUUCAACAAGUCCACUGAGCUUCCUGCCUUGGGACACCACGUGGCACAGUUUGGAAUCUGUAUCACGGAUACGAUGGAAAAUGUGAGCAGCCAGGCCAGGUUGACCAUCAGCUGCCUUUAUGAGCUGCUGCUUGAUCAGAUGGGGCUGAGCGUGAGUGAGGCUGAAGAACUGUGGUGCCACAGUUACGAAGACCAUAAAAUGCUGGCUUACGUGGAUUCCUGCAGGGUGGGUGAGCUGUUCAGAAACAUCUUCACAGAAGAUCAGAAGAGAACCUUUCUGGAGACAUCUCUGUGGGCCAUUUAUAAUCCUGAGCUAAGGAUAAGAGAGGCUGGGAUCCUCCUAGUGUUUUCCCACCUGGGAAAGGCCAAUGAGAUAAUGGCAGAUAAGGCAGAAGACGUAGCAGAGAAGAUCUACCAGCAGAUCUACAAGCUUCAGAUACUCGGAGAGGUGCCAGAAGCAUUGCAAGGCUUCUUUCCAAGUAGAGGUAAAAUGAUGCCCGAGAAUUAAAAGGAUGAACCAUAAUAUUCCUUCAGGCAGGAAGGAGAGGACAGCAGCAGAUCAGACUUCUCCUCUGUGUGUUUCAUCGGCCUCUUCUGCAGAGCUUGUCUCUUCUUCAACCCCAACCACUGUGGCAGAAAGGCAAAGGCAGCUGCCUAGGAACCAAGAGGGACUCCAGGGAUGGCUUCUUCCCAGAACCAGCGUUGUACCGGAUCUCAGAGCAGCACUGGCUAUAAAAUACACUUGGGAGCUUGAG